GAAGGAAGGCAUCGAGGCCCGGCUGGUGAAGCGGGGAGACUACAGUGAGGAGACGGUGCGAUGGGCAGACGCCAUCGUGUCUGCUGGAGGUGACGGGACGAUGCUGCUGACGGCCAGCAAGGUGUUUGGGCGCCACAAGCCCGUCAUCGGAGUGAACACAGACCCCGAGAGGUCGCUGGGACAUCUGUGUAUCCCCCUCAGGUACACCUACUGUUUCUCUGAUGCCCUCAAGAAGCUGCGGCAGGGAGAGUUCAGGUGGCAGUGGCGACACAGGAUCCGGGUGCAUCUGGCAGGGAUGGGCUUCAACCCCCGGCCCGUCGACCUGCACGAGCAGCAGCUGAGCCUGGAGCAGCACUGCAGCGCACAUCGCAGCACCACCCCCGCAGCCGUGGACGGUGACAAGGCCGGGCCGGAGCUGCUGCCCGUGCGGGCUCUCAACGAGGUGUUUGUGGGAGAGUCGCUGUCCUCGCGGCCGUGCCCCAAUCCCCACGCACCCAGCCCUGCCUUCUCACUCCCCAGGCCCUCCUACUAUGAGAUCUCCAUCAACGGCGGCCCCUGGGAGAAGCACAAGAACUCCGGCCUCAACGUCUGCACCGGCACUGGCUCCAAGGCUUGGUCAUACAACAUUAACAAGUUGGCCAGUCAGGAGGUGGAAGAUCUGUUGGUGAUCGCUCAGUGGGGGAGCCGUGCAGCCCAGCCGCUAGAGCCAGCCUACGUGGAGCAAGUCACUCAACACUACAACGAGUCGCUGAUCUUUCUCCUCCCCGAGGAGCCGCGCAUCUUCUUCAGCAUCCGGGAGCCCAUCGUCAACCGAGUCUUCACCCAGCAGCCUGCAACCCGCGGCUUCACCACCAAGUUGGCGGUGAGAUCGCGGUGCUGGGACGCCUGCAUGGUGGUAGACGGCGGCACCUCGUUUGAGUUCAAUGACGGGGCCGUGGCCACACUGACGGUGGACGAGGACGAUGCUCUGUGCACGGUGUUGCUGGAGGAGUGAAUGUGGCCGCAUCACACCAUGCACUGAGCUGGCCGCGGCCUGGCCCGACCCAGCGACCCAGCCCAGCUGCCUGACACCCACCGCAGGGACACACACAUCCCUGGCCCUGCUGGCAUCACUCAGCCAGCCCGGCCCAGCCGGCCAGCGGUGUUUGCUCAGGAAGCUUUACACUGGACUACAGCACUGACUCCAGUGUCUGGGGCUCUGCUCUGCGGGAGCCAGAGUGCAGCAACUUUAUAAUCAGGGGUAGAGCUAAAUAAAACAUCAUUUUACAAUCAA